GAGCCCAAGACUAUCUACAUAGCGUGCGUAACCAUCAUCUUGAUGUCGGGCGGUGAUUAACCCGCCCAACUCCACAGUGUAAUGGGCGCCACAGGCAGUGGCAAGACAACGGUCUGAUAUUCCCUGUGCUCCAGUCCUCAACGCUCAUAAAUAUUUGAAUAGUUCAUCAACGUCGCAUCUGGCUCGGAUUUGCGAGUUGGUAUGGGGCUCGAGAGCUGUACAAACGAAGUACAGACGUCCCAAUCGUUCAUGCUGGACGGAAAGCGAGUCGUUCUCAUCGAUACGCCUGGCUUUGAUGAUACGACGAAGAGCGACACGGACGUGCUGAAGAUGAUAGCUGCUUAUCUGCAGACUAUGCACAAGCAAGAAAAACUUCUGUCCGGUGUCAUCUACAUGCACCGAAUCUCCGACAUCAGAGUCGGAGGUACAUCAAGACGUGACUUUACCAUGUUUCAAGAGUUGUGCGGUAAAGAGGCUUACAAGAACGUUCUCAUGGUUACGAACAUGUGGGGCAGCGUAAACGAAGCUGACGCCGUGGCGCGGGAACAAGAACUGCGCGAAAAGGACAUAUUCUUUAAGCCAAUCCUCGACAACGGCGCUCUUCUCCUACGCCACAUGAAUGAUCAAGAAAGUGCGCACAAGAUCAUUCAGAAGCUGACUGGCACGGAUCCCGUAGCCUUACGCAUCCAAAGCGAACUCGCAGCAGUGAAUGACAUCACUCAGACGGGUGCUUAUGCGCAGCUGAACCGCGAACUCAUGGAACAGUCGGAGAAGAACCGUCAAGAACUGGAGAAGUUGCGAGGAGAAUUAGAGGAAGCUGCUCAGGCGCAAGAUGAGGAGACGCGAAUGGAACUUCAGGAGGAGUCGGAGAAAAUGGAAGCGGAGCUUUUACGUGUGCAAAACGAGGCUGCGACGUUAGCAUCCGAAUAUCAAGCAGAACUUCGGAGAAUAGAAGAGCAACUCCACGCGCGUGCUGGAUGACUGGUCCAAUUCAAUUGUUCCGAAGAUCGUUUGGCUGACAAUACGGAUAAUCCUGACCCCCUGCCCGUAGCGUAGUAUGGACUAUAGUUGUAUUAGAAAGAUACCCAUAUGCAUUGGUGUGUAACCGACAAAACCCUGAUCAGCAUCAGAUUCUUGAAGCUGUGGUACUGCUUCAAAAACAAUGUUAAAGGGUAGUUACCCGAUAUC